UGAGCAGCUCCGCCCAACCCCCUCCAAGCGUUCUCAGCCCUGCUACUGUAAGUAUUGUAUGAAAGGCAUAAAAAAAAUCAGUGAUGGCUGAUUGACCACAGAAAUGUGAACAGCAGCUCAUUUGACUGCAGUCAAUGGGAAGAUACCAUCUUCUCUUCUCCAGCAACUGAGCUAGCCAUGCUAGCUGUAACAGAUGAGGGUUUAGCGCAUGUGCAGAAGAGCUCUCUUGACGUAAAGAAGGUUCAUUAAUUCAAAUAUUAAUUCCUAUUACAUUUGUUCACUUUAAUAAAAAAAAAAAGCCACACAUACUCGUCAAAUACUAAAAAAAAACAAAACAUGAUUUUCAUCGGAGGGGGACUUUAACCAAAUUUGUUCAGUCUUAUUACACUCUAGCUAGUAUGUGCCAGAGCCGCGUGGGCUAUCCUACCAUCCUCAAAAUAUUACUUCUUAUAAAAGCCACUGCCCACAAACUGGAUGUUAUAAUAUUUCAGAGCUUUUUAAGUAAAUAAAAAUAAAAGAUAUAUGUAUGAUAGCCUACGUCUCAAAAAACAGCGAGUCUCUUCAUCCUUUUGGCUCCGUGGAGACGUGUGUGUCUUUAAAGGGUUAACAGGAGGAGGCGCAGCAGCCGUCCGUCCGUCUGGGUGGAGUAAACUUUAGACGUCCAUUAUAACUAAUUAGCCCGGUGAAAAAGCCUUAUGGCAUCGUGAGGAGGGGAGAAAUUAGCCUUAAAUCGUUUAGCAGUAAACCGGUGGACUGAAGGCGGCCCGGUUCGGUUCUGAGAGACGCUGCGGACAUGAGGGAUGUGAGUGAGGAGUCCCUGCUGGAUUAUUUCCACUCCGCCGCAGGAAACUCGGGCAGAGUGAGAAACGCAGACAUCCUGAAGACUUUUAAACCGUUCAUUGGCCACAGCGACCUGCAGCUCCGCGCUAAAUACAGAGAGGAAUUCAAGCUCAUCAUCGACCGAAUCGCUGUGGUGAAGUCAGAGAAUGGGGAGAAGUAUCUCAUCCUCAAGAAAAAGUACAGGCACUUGCUGCAGGAGCGAGAUGCCAAACGGCUCGGGUCAGACGCUGAUCAACCGCGACAUGCCAGCCCAACUAGAACCGCCGCCACCGCGCAGUGGGAGACGACGGACGGCCUGACACGGCCCACACACCAAAGGGACGAGCGGAUGGGAACAGUGCAGCACCCUCAACAGGGAGGAGACCAACACAACGGGGAGGAUGAGCUCGGCUCCGAUUCUGGAUCAAAGUCCGAGUCGGAGCAUGACGAGGAGAGCACGGGCAGCAUGGGCUCUGCUUCUGUCGCUCUGGAUCCUACAGAGAAAGAGUGGAUCUACUCUGCAGCCAGCGCUCGAGUCCCUGACCUCUUGAAGCUGCUCGUGCAGGACCCUUCUCUGGCCAACAAGAAGGACUUCACCUCGGCUCCCGACUGUGGCGAUAACCACCUCUCCCAGGGGUUUACUGCUCUGCACUGGGCAGCCAAGCACGGCAACGAGGACAUGGUGACUUUGGUGGCUGACGCCGGCGCCGAUGUCAACUUGAAAUCACACGGGGGUUACACACCUCUCCACAUCGCAGCGUUACACGGUCAUCAGCACAUUCUGGAUCUGCUCAUACAGUCUUAUGGAGCAAAAGAGAAUUUGCGGGACUACAGUGGACAUCUAGCCUGUCAUUACCUUAACAUGAAAGACCCAGAAGGUCCAGGAGAAGACCGAGAGCUGCAGUUCCACGUAACCCAGGUGCGCGAGCGGAACAAAAACAGGAAGUUGGUGUCCUUGUUCCACUCCAAGAAGAAGUGGGGCUCCGCGGAGGAGCUGGCUCCCAUCGAGGAGGAGCGGACGGCGCCGCAUCAGCUCAUCGUUCCCGCGUUGAGACCCAGGAAGUUCUCCCGCUGACGACUCGGUUCCACGGUUCCUUGUCACGGUGUGACGACGUAAUGCGUCAGACGCCUGUUUGAUAACCUGUACAGACUCGUGCCUGUUGUAUAAACAUUUUUAUAAAGCGUGAGUUUUUGAAGCCUUAAAAGUUUGAAUGAAUGUUACCAGAUAUUACAAGCUCUAGAAGUCUGAAUUUCUCCUUCUUUAUGCUAAUUUAAGCCACAUUUUCAACUUGGACAUGAAAUACUUGAAGUUUGCAUCAACUCUAAACCUGAAAUGGUUUCUAAGUUAGAGCAAAAACCAAAAAAUAUCUCACAAUUAAUCAAUGUUUUAAUGACAAAGGUCAAGAUCAAUCUGGAAUAGAAAUCGAUUCAUUAAUUAAUCGAUUAAUCCUUACACCCCUAUAAAAUUGCUAACUUUAUCAUUUAAAAUAAAACUACAAGAAAUCUUUCAGGAUAUUACUGAAUUUGCAGUAAGCUCUAGUAAGUCUGCUCAUUAUUUUAAAUGAGCUUUUUACAGCAGAAACUUGACUAAAAUGCGCUUUGUGUUGCUUUUAAGUAUGAAAGGCGCUUUUAUAAAUAAAGUUUGAUUUGAUUUGAUUUGAAAAUACAUUUCCUGGCAGCUUUGGGGUUAAAGUAAAGUAUGAAAAACACUUAACAUUUCGUACACAGAGGCGACCUGAUUUCCUUUUCAGUAGGUUAAAUAUAAAUACUUGUUUUCCAUGAAAUAUUAUUUAAUUUAAAGAUUUGUUUUGAAUCCUUGAUCAUUUAUGUGUCCGUACAGACGUUACUGAGGAGGGCAGAUCUUCCAUUUCAAUAAAAGGGGGACAACCAAAAAAAAAAAAAAAAACAGCUUUUGUCCCCACCAGUUUGAUCAAAUUUCUAAAACAUUUAGCUUUAUUAGAAACUUUCUUUUUUCAUAUUUAUAACUUGUUUUAAGAUGAUAAAAAGAAAAAAAAAUCAGCAGAAAUAAAAAUUCUACUUUUAUUUUAGUGCCUGUAACUUUAUGAGGUCAAAUGAAGAAGUACGGUUUACGUUGUAAAUUAAAGCUAACAAACUGUAUUUUAUGUACUAUAAGGCGCACCGAAUUAUAAGGCACAUAAAGCGAGAAAAACGAGUCAGACUUUGUCAAGCUAGCAAUGAUCCAUGUUAGCCGUGUUAGCUUAUUCACAAUAUCUGUAACUCCCACAAAAAUAAAAGAGUGACACAGCUAAAAUUAACAUGACUGUAGCUAGCUAACUCCCAACCCUGUUAUUAACAUGUAAAAAAAUUAACACAAACAAAGAACGUUACAAGUUAGCCGUGUUAGCAUACUCACAGUAACUCAACUUUGUUGGCAAAAAAAACUGAUGCCGCCAAAACAAACAUUACUGUGACCACUCUAACUCCCAAUCUUGUUAGUAACAUCUAAAUAAGUCUGACACUGCUAAAUGUUAGACGCAAAACAAACUGAUACAUCUAAAACAAACGUUACUGUGACUACGCUAACUUUAAUCUUAUUAGUAACAUGUAAAACAGACUGACACAGCUACAGGUUGCCAGGGUUACUGCUAACUUUGUUUGCAACUUGUAAAAAACGUAUGCCGCUAAAACAAACAUUGCUGUCAUGCUAACUCCCAACCUUGUUAAUAACAAGAAAAAAAACAUAGUCCGUCACCGCUACAUGUUAGCCGCGUUAGCUUAUUUACUAAAAAACCCAACCUUGUUUGGAACACGUAAAAAAAGAGUGUUACCGUUACAGCAAACGUCACUGUGACUACGCUAACUCCCAACCUUGCUAGCAACAAGGAAAAAAAAAACAGUCUGAUACCGCUACAUGUUAGCCAUGUUAGCGUAUUCGCAAAAUACAGACUGAUACAGCUUCAAAACUUUAUCAGUAACGUGUGAAAAACAUAGUCCGACACGCUACGUGUUAGCAUCACUAGCGUAUUUACAAAACAAACCAGAAGAAUGAUACCGCUAAACAAACAUUACUGACCACGCUAACUCUCAAUCUUGUUAGUAACACAAAAAAACAGUCUGACUCUGCUACACUUUAGCCACAUUAGCUUAUUUACAAUAAACAGACCUUGUUUGCAACUUGUAAAAAAAUGGAUUGACAUUUUGACAGAGCGCCUUUUCUCAGCAAUGCUUAAACACCGGUAAACAGUAACCAGAAUUAAUCCAUAAUAAUCCAUAAAAACUCUCAUUUAAAAAAAGGCUUUUAAGUGUGCUCUAUAGUGCGGAAAAUAUGGUAUUUUGUCAUUAAAAUUACACUGCAAAUGAAAGAAAACGAAGAAAGUGGAAAAAAGCAUAUCUAUUAUUUGUGCAACAAAGGAAAAAGGAUCUCAUUGCCAUUAUUUAUCUGCUUUUUUUCUUUUUUUGGGUUAUUUAAAAAAACUUAAAUUCACAACUUUGCCUUUACCUAGAAAAAAGCUACUUGUUUUGUGAAGUUUGCUUUUUUUUUAAUUAUUAUUUUACUCACAAUUUCAUUGGUGGACCAAAAGAACAAAAAUUCUUCCAGCUCAAAAAUCUUGUUUUUAAUAUGAUGAUUUCAUUUAUUGCAGUGUUUAGAAUCAGCUGUUUAACUUAAAUUGCAUACAUGUCAUAUUUGCACAGUAUUUAUACGAUGAAGAUAUUUUGAAAUUAAACCUACUUUUGUAUUAAAGCGUAAAUAUUCUGGUGCUUUUUUUCCACAUUCUCCUCACCACAAACAACAGGAAUGAUUUUGGUUCCUCCGAUGCUUCUUUUCUUCUUCUCCACACAAUAAAGUUGAGUUUUUUAA